CGAGGAGGCCCCGGAGCCCUCCGAGCGGCUGCGGUGGGCGCUGAGGGGCCAUGGGGGGCCGCGGGGCGAUGGGGGGCCGAGGGCUGCUGCCGCUGCCGGUGCUGCUGCUGCUGGGCGCCGCGGGGCUGCUGCUGCGGCCGGCGGAGUCUGCGGAGCCCGCGGAGCCCGUCAGCGCCGAGCGGAGCCUGGCGUGGGGCCCCGGGCUGGAAGCGGGGCUCACCGUGCCCGUGCGGUACUUCUACAUCCAGGCGGUCAGCGCGGCCGGACGCAACUUCUCCCGCUCCCCGCCAGGAAAAACACAGUUUAAAGUGGUAAUUAAAGCACUUUCUCCAAAAGAAGUCACCAGAAUUUACACGCCUCGGCCUUUGGAUAGAAAUGAUGGUACAUUCCUUAUGCGGUAUCGGAUGUAUGCAAGUGUCACAAAAGGCUUAAAAAUUGAGAUACUUUAUGGUGAUCAGCAUGUGGCUCAAUCACCUUAUAUUUUGAAAGAACCAGUUUAUCAUGAAUACUGUGACUGUCCUGUAGAAGACCCUGAGGUCUGGCAGAACAUGAUGUCCUGUCCAUCCCAAGAGCCUCAGAUUACAAAAGACUUCAUUUCAUUUCCCACCAUUGACCUGCAGCGAAUGUUUAAGGAAAUCCCAGCAAAGUUCAGCCAAACAAGAGGUGCUAUUGUCCAUUACACUAUCCUGGAUAAUCACAUCUACCGGCGCUCCUUAGGGAAGUACACAGACUUCAAGAUGUUCUCCGAUGAAAUGCUCCUGUCACUGGCCAGGAAGGUUCGUCUUCCUGAUGUGGAGUUUUAUCUCAAUGUUGGAGACUGGCCAGUUGAGCAUCGGAAAGCUAAUGACACCCCUGGGCCUGUACCUGUCAUCUCCUGGUGUGGCUCUGUGGAUUCCAGAGAUAUCAUCCUGCCGACGUAUGAUGUAACCCACUCGACUCUGGAAACCCUGCGUGGAGUCACCAAUGAUCUCCUUUCCAUUCAAGGAAAUACAGGCCCCUUCUGGGAAAACAAAACUGAGCGGGCUUUAUUCAGAGGUCGAGACAGCCGAGAAGAACGUCUCCAUCUUGUCAAGUUAUCCAAGGAAAAUCCAGAACUACUAGAUGCUGGAAUAACUGGAUAUUUCUUCUUCAGAGAAAAAGAAAAAGAGCUGGGGAAGGCUCAGCUGAUGGGCUUCUUUGACUUCUUUAAGUACAAAUACCAAGUGAAUGUAGAUGGCACUGUAGCAGCUUACAGGUUUCCAUACCUCCUGCUGGGGGACAGCCUGGUGUUGAAGCAAGAUUCCCAGUACUAUGAACACUUUUAUAUUGGAUUAAAACCUUGGAAACAUUAUGUUCCAGUUAAGAGAAACUUAGAGGACUUGCUAGAGAAAAUAAAAUGGGCUAAGCAAAAUGAUGAGGAAGCAAGAAAAAUUGCUAAAGAAGGACAACUAAUGGCAAGAAAAUUACUUCAGCCUCACAGGUUUUACUGCUACUAUUAUAAAGUGCUCCAGAAAUAUGCCGAACGCCAAGCCAGCAAACCUGAAAUACGGGAUGGAAUGGAACUUGUACCUCAGCCUGAUGACAGGGACUCAGUGUGCAGUUGCCACAGGAAAAAGCCUUUAAGGGAAGAUCUAUAACUGUACUGGAAGGAGAAAAUUACCCACUUAAAAUGCAAGAAUAGGAAUUAAGCUGUGAAAUCUAAGCCUCUUAUGCAGUAGCAGGCAUUCUUAGUUAUGUAUUCUUCUUGUAUUUUCAUACCCUUUUUCCUGCUCAUUCUGAUCUACAAUGUUGGUUCUCACAGUUUUGGCUCCAUGACCACCACCAGACAGACACUGAGCCUGCAGUGAGGAGUGUCUGGGGGAUUUGUUUGAUGUACUGCAUCAUCAGGAAGCAGAGCACAGAGCUGCUCAUGUUCCAGAUGGCACCUGUUUACUGAAGUUUUGUGAGGAACUAGUCACCACAAAAGAUCUUGCCAUGAGUCAGUGCAAGUUUUUCUAAAGGAGCAUUUGUGAUACGUUGAAACAGUGUUAUGAUUUCUUCAUGAAGUUUACCUCAAUGUUAGAUUUUUUCUUGUAUACAAAAAAUUUUUUGAAGUAGACAAAGAAAAUGAAUAUUUGAGAUUUACAGGUAUCAGAUCUGGUCAUGCUUUCAGAUUAUUUUGUGGUUUAUGACGGGUGACAGACAACAUGAUGUAACACCAAUUUUAGAGGGAAAUGGAGAGCAGAGGGAGAGAUUAGAGAAAUAAGUUUAUAAUCAUCAUGGCUGUGAAUCACCAGAAUUAAAUGCUACUUUAAAACAGACUCUGUAGGUAUCACAACCACAGUGCUUUGGGUGCCAAGUCACCACUGUGAAGACCUGUUCCCUGCAUAUGACUGUCUGUAAAUGUAGGCACAGAUCCACAGAAGGACUUAGGAAUUUCAGGCCAUGGAAACUCUGGUGUCUUAGUUCAACAAUACCUUUCCACAGUAUUCUGGACUGCGUGAAAUCUGAAAUUUGUUACAGAGUUUUAGACCACCUUGGUUUAAUUCUUGUGUAAUAGUCUAGGAGUUAGGAUCCAUGUAAAACAAUUGGGAAGCUGGUUGUCCUCCUUUUAAUUCAAAGCCAUUUUUUCCAGAGAGUGCCUUAGCUCCAGACUGGACAAGAGGUUUUCAGGUCUUCUGCUGAAGUUCAUGUACAGCCAUGAAGCUAGCAAUGCAAAAUGCACAAGGGCAGAAGGAUCUGGUCAUACCUUUGUGAUAAAGUCUGCCUUUGGAUGGGGUAGAAGAAGAAUCCUAGUCCUGGAUGCAACUCCAAAUACCUCUGUUGAUUUUUACCCAAGUUUGUCCACUUCAAAAUGCAUAAAUAGUCCUGGAAGGAGACACCAAUACCAAGACCAGUGCCCACACGCACCCAUUUCUGUGUUUUCAUCUUGGCUAAUGCAGCCGGCUUGAGCAGGUCCUGACUCACUACAGUAAAGUAAAAGCUUUCAUGGAUACCAAAUUCUCCCUACACUAAAAAGAAUGGAGUUGUCUUCAAGACAGUGGACUUGUCUGAUUGAUUUGGUUCACAAAAUUUAGUGCUCUACACAUCAUGCAGGCUUCAUUCUUGGUUCUGCACUGGAAAUUACAUAAAAUUUCUGCAUUAGAACAGGAAGAAGGCAGUAUGCUAAGUAUGGAAAGAACUUUGGCUUUCUAAAGAGGUUAAUGCAACUGUCCAUCAGUCAUUUAUUACAUUAUGCCAGUUAAGAAAAAAAACAUGUAUCAUGUUGCUCUUAACCCAUAAUCCUCUUUGUUCUGAUUCUAACACUCACAUUUAUAGUGGUUGCGUUUUUAUUUAGCAUGAAAACCAGUCCUAGAACUUCAGGCUAUAAAUAGAUAUGUGUUCAACUCAUCUGACGUAAAAUUUUCUACAUCGAAGUUCAGGAACAGGUUUCCACUGCUGAAGCUGACACUUUAGACUGAGCGUGUGCUCUCCUUUUGUUCCAUGUGUAUGGUCAUUUUUACUGUAUUACAUGAUCUUAUUUUGGGAAACUACCCAUUAUGCCAUGUGCUUUUUAUAUUUACUGGUGUUUGUGGAGGUGGUGCUCUCAGCAGAGGCAAGUAAGCAUAAAAGAUGGUUGAACAACAAAGUUUUCCGCAUAUUUCAAACCAAGAGUCCAAAAGUGAUUCAUUUGUAUUUUUUAAAAUGGAAGAGAAUAGGGGAGUUGUGACACAUACUUCAUGGUUCUUUGGAAAUACCUAUGUAGGAAAACUUGCCUAGCUUGAAACAGAAGUAUUUCAAACUGAAAGAAGAAUCAGAUAAAAUUUAAAUUAUUAAUAUAAAUACAUGUGAAUAUUUUAUCCCUCCUUUCUUUCCUCAUAAAAAGGGAAAGAUACUAUUCUUAAUUCUUCUCUGCCAAAAAAGUCCUUACUUUUGUAGUAAGCAUCAUUUCAAAGCAAAGACUAGUUUGUCAACAGAGUGCCUUACAGAUGCUUUUAUAGCUCACAGACAAGAAAUAUUCUGAAAAAUAUGACUGCACCCAUCUUCUUGCUGUAAUGUAAAAGUUAGUAGAGAGAUGGUGGAACUUUUACUAUAAAGUCCAUAGUAAUGUGAGAGAAUCUGGUUCAGUUUAUAACUAUUGCUCUUCCAAAGGUAAAAGAAGGUAAGGCAAAGUCUCUCUUCUUUCCGUUGGUGCUACUGUAUGCAAUUUAAAUUGUAAGGAAGAACAAUCAUAACAAGUGCUCCACCAGGCCAGAAAAGAUAUCAGAUCUAUUUUAAGUUUGCUGAGAGGAUGAUAGCCAUCAGCCUGGUGUGUUACAGGAAAUGCUAAAUAUUGAAUAAAACCUGGUUUUGCAUGUGAAGUGUAAUACAUACAUUAAAUAGAAUUUUUAAAUUGCUUACAUAGACUGGACUUUGUUUUAUUCUGUGGUAGUUCUUGAACAGCAACUGUUCAAAGGUAUAAAAAUCUCUUGUUGGUGGUAAUUUUGGAAAACUGCUACCACUACAGUGCUAAAUUUUGCUAUAGUAAUUUCAGUUUUUAAAUAGAGAGUAAAACCUGUCCUGUUUUUGUCAGGACUGGACUGAUUUACCAGUGAUGACAGAGACAGGUUUAUCUGUUUGAAAUAGUAUGGCCUAAAGCCCAGGGCCAAUGUUUUCAAUCACAGGAAUCUGCAGAGAAGGGGUUUGAUUUGCAGAAAUGUUGGGAAGGCAGAGUCUUUAUCUAAGGUUCUUUAUUUUCAGAUUUCUUCAACCUUAACAGUGAACCUUCAUAUAGUGAACACUGCUUUUAUAUCAUAUGUAUGUCCUAAUAUAUUUAGGCACCCACAUUUGGAAAUACCCAACCUCAAUUUUGUCUUGAAAUGAGAACUUGUAAAUCCUAAUCUGUUGAACAUAAAGGAGAUAGUUUCAUAUAUAUUUGAGACUGUAUUUUUUUACAUUUACCUCAAGAUCACCAAUGUACUGGUUUCGUGACAGAAUUGUGCCAGGCCUGCCUUGUAGAUUCAUAAUUUAAAAAAGCCUAUAAUCAAAGCUUGUCUGAUGGAAUGUUAGAUUCAAGCAUCCAUGCUGGGAAGCAUACGCCCGACAUUUAUUACAUUACAAAGUAAAUUAUUUAGUUAGGGAGGAGAGCUGACAGGGAAAACAUACAUCACCUGUUGGAGCACGUCUGAGAUGCCUGCAAAGAAACUAUAAUAAGGAAAAGAAACAUUAUAUAAACUUAUGAUUUUAUCAGCUCCUUUAGCACUGCAGUUUUGCAAAAAUUUUGUCUGUAAGGGCGGUGAUGAAGCGCAAGGUUUUAUAUUAACAUUGUUCACAGGAUUUAAUGGCUAGAAUUUUCUUGUCUGUGAGAAGUUUUAUAGGAUUUUAAUGAGGCUAUAUGAGUACUAAUGCUUGAGUUUUGGGUACAAGGCUUCUGUGUUGAGUUGUUAAUAGGAAAAUCUAUACUGCAGACAGUUAUGGCACUAAUUCUGGGUUUUGCAGUGAGAAUAAGGGAAAAAGGAUUAUUUGCCUAUUUGUUUGAAGUAAUUUUGAACAUGUGUAGCACAUCCCUUAAUUCAGUCCCAUCAUGUGAGCAGAGAUAAGCAGGAGUGUGGCCAGCAGGUCAAGACAGGUGUUUCUUCCCAGCUGCUUGGCAGUUGUGAAACUGCAGCUGGAGUCCCAUUUUCAGUUUUGGACUCCCCUGUAUAAGAAAUACAUUGACACCCGACAUGGACCACCAGGGUGAUAAAGGCACUUGGCACUUGGUGUGUGAGGACAAGCUGAGUGAGCAGGGUUAGGUCAGCCUUAGAAAGAGAAGACUUCUCAGAGGGACACAGCAGAAAUCCUAACAGACACAAGCUGCAUCAUGAGAAAUUCCAAUUAGAUAAGGGAAAAAGAAUCCUAAACUGCUCUCCCCAAGGAGAUGUGGUCUGUGUGACCUCCAGAUGUUCAUUAUUCUAUGAACUGCUUUUCAGUCACACAACAAGCAUUUAUCUAGUAACAUAGCAGGAGGGUGAGCCCAGCUCUUGCGUGUCUCCAAGAGGCAAUGUAGCCUUUCUGUGCUGACGCUUUUGAUGCUAUUUGUGCUUAUGUCUCCCUUGAUAAAACUGACAAAGUUUUGCACAUAUUUUUGUGUUGUAAGGCUAUAAAGUUAUAUAUUAAUUUUAAUUAUACUUUCCUUUUAUAAUAUUAAUAUGCAUCAUAUAAUAAUUUACCUUACUAAUAUACAUUAUCACAAUAUAUCCUAGUCAUGCAGUACACAGAAGAUUUGACAGAAGUGAGAUACAUUGAUUUGGCAUUACAGGCCUGGACUGAAAGUGCAAGACCUGCUCUUUCAACAAGCUGCAUAUAUCCUUUACAGGUAUGAGACAGUUGUAGAAUAUUGUGAAUACAGUUAUGAACCAUCAAAGGAAUUGAUUUUAAGCAGCCAGUGAGAAUAUUAAUGUAUUCAAUAAGUUAUACAUAUGUCUAACAUACUCUGUAGGCCACUGGUGAAUGAGCAUGGCAUAUUCCCAUCUCACUCCCACCGCUAAAAAAUCAGUCAGGAUCCCUCUGUACCACAGUUUGCAGUAUAGUGUGGAGAGACUCAAGUCAGCUCAGCAGAAUGCCAGAAGGUUGUACCCAUACAGGAUAUGUGAAACAUGAUAAAAACCCUGCUGCAAGCCCACAAAGUACAUUAUCCUGGAUGGAACCUGUCUGAAAGACGAUCAGUGCAAGUUGUACUUGUCAGACUCAACUUCCCCUGGAGCUUAUGUGACUCAAAGAGGUCAUUUACCAUUAGCAGAUGAUUUUGCCUAUUUUUGGGUCAACAGUAGCACGCUUUCAGUUAUUCUCUGUCUCCCAAAAUGCCCAGCUAAGCUGUUUCACCACUCCAGCUGCAGAGAUCUGCCAUCUCACAGCUGAUACCCACGAUAAACUAAAAUGGUUGCUACCACAUUAUUAUCCUGCCAGUCCAACACCUGAUUUCAUCUUGUGUGUUACUCUCACCAAAUUUUUCACUGUUGCAAUAGAAAGGUAUUUGAAUAUCUUAUUGAUUUUUACAUGGAAAUCUGCUCUCAGAGUGAAAAUAGGUUAGAAUGAAAAUUCGGUUUGCUUCCAGAUGAUGAUUUUUUUUUUUUUGCUCAGGACUAUCAGCUUUUACCUCAGAAGAAGGUAGUUUUGUCAACACAGUUCAUUUCAUUUGAUGAAUGAAAAAGAGAAACAUUAUUGUCCCAAACUAAGCAAAAACCACUCUGCAGGUAAAAGUUGUUCCUCUUUUUGAAAAAUAUGCCUGUUACAGAUACAUUGGUAUGUUUUUUGUAAUGAAGGCAAAGCAUGAACUGAACUUUAUAAGCAAAAUAAGUCUGAAGGGAUAUUUCAGGAACAAACUAUUCUGUGUUACUGUGCACCAAUAGUGAUUUCCAGGAUUAGAUAAUUCAAAACAGUGAAAAUUAAAGCAUUGAUUAUACAGUAAGAUUUUAUUUGCCAAAACAUAAGAAACAGAAGAAUCAAGAAGACAUUAUACCUCUGACAUAAGCACUCAAGCAAAAUCCUAUAGUGAAGAGAUUCAGCUCACUCUACCAAAUGUUCUGAAGUUUAUUUAGGCUUUUUGGCAAGGUGAGUUAUUUGGAAAAUGUCAGGAAUGUAUGUGACUGAUAGAAGCUGCAUCUCUGCCAGUAAAUUCUGCUUUCUUCUUCCUUAGGAACAAAGGAACUUUAAAUGUGGACUGGCCCUCACUGACAAACUCCAGCAUGCCUUUUCACACUACAACCAUUCCAUAUUAUUUAGACCUUGGUAUUUCCUCUAUUCCCUGAAAGAUUUAUUUGUGUCUGUAAGGUAACCAACAGUCAGACUGAUCCCAAACUUCCUGUAACUGAACCUGAAAUGUAGGUGUGAAUUUUAAAUACCUGAUUUGUACUAAAUUAACUUUUGACUCUUUAAAAACACCAAGCAUUUAAAGAUCACUUAGAUUAUGACUUUCUAACAAUUGUAAAUAUUUAGCAAUACUUAAAUACAGGUAGUACAUAGAUAAGAUGCAGAAUAAUUCUCAGUAUUUCUUGUGAAAUAGUUUCCAAAUUCUCAUUACUUGUGGGAUGGCAAAUUUCCCUGUGAUAAAAUGUUGUCUCAAAUCAAAAUAUUCCCAAAGGUCCAGAAAAACUUUGACUUUUUCCUGAACAUUCAUAAUACUGUAUAUGUAGUGAAUUGUUCACUGGAACUGUUCAUAGUGAUUGCUUUACUCUUUUGCAAGAUGUAUACAGUAUAAAUAUAUAUAUAAAAUAUAUUUCUCUCAUUGCAGUUUCAUCUCAGUCACAUAAACACACACUAUCAAUUGGAUCUUUUAUUUCAAAAUUGAGAGACAUGGGAAAAUUGGCUUUUCCCUGUAAAACUUGAACCGACCAACUCAGAACAAGCAGCAUGUUCACUUAAGAUGCCAAUUUGAGCGAGGUCUCCUCUAGGUCUGCUCUACCAUCAUAUCCCUAUCCUGUGAAUCUAAUGAAAUAAAAUUUUCAGGAAGUCCUUCGUGAACAAACAGCUCUGAGUACCAUCCACAAACUCAAGCCUUUUCUUGAAUCUGGUGAUGAUUGAUCUACCCUCAUGUGCAGUAGAUGUUUUCUCCAGUCCCAAGUCAGUAUUACCCCAAAGCCAAACAAUUCUUCUGCUCAGAAGUCACCACCUUCAACCUUCUCAAGCAGCCGUGGUCCACUGUCAAAUGUGUCUGCUAUAUUUAAUAUCAAGUUACACCCUGCCUUGAUGACAUGCAGUAAUGUGUAAUUGUUGUCUAACUGGAUCUGUUAAGUAGGUUACUGGGUGCAGUUGUCACCAGUUCCUUGAUGGAUUAUCUUGUUAAGGAGGCCAUUAAAAAAAUCACUUUUGAUGGGGAAUACAAAUUAUGUUCACGUAGAAAUGCCAGACUCUGGUCUCAUUAGAGUAAACAGCACUGGGUUUUUGCUGAGUGCAUUCAGAUUUGUAACAAUAGAUAAGGUCUUGAAGGUUACCUGAUCCAAUGAAAAAAUGAAGGGAAAAGCACCUACUGUUCGUAGACAAAUGAAAAAUUAGCUUGCUUAUCUUUAGGGUUAAGACACAGGACAUCUAAAUCCAGCUAAGCAGUUUCCUGUUUCUAAAAACUUGAUAGCUUAAGAAUUUGUCCCCUCAAUCAAUGCCCUUGAACCACUCCAUCAUUUGUCAAGAGUAGCUGAAACCCUAAAGCAAAUUAGAAAUUAUAUGUGUAACUGGCAAAGCUAUGGAGAUGAAAUUUAUUUCCUUGUCAGUUAGAUUUAUUUCUCAUCACCAUCAAGUAAAAUUUUAACAACCUCUGCCCAGAUAUGAAGAGCCCAAUGAAUGUGGAUGAUGAACUGUCAUUUCCAGGGCAACAGAGGCAACAUCAACACCCACUGAACUCAAAUUGGCCUGUGAAAAAUUGCAUCGUAUCAGAUUGUAGUCUCCUACUUAUUUCUGAGAACUAAAUGGUCUGUUCCUGAAAAAUUCUUACUUCUGUAGAAAAUGAGAAAAUAUGUUAUGAUAGUGGUCACGUAAGUAACCCAAUUUAAUAAGAAAAAAUCCAGACAUUUUCUGGGGCUUCUCACUUAAAAUGGUUUGGCUUUUACUGCAAAACUGUGUUAAUUAACCAUAUUAUUAAUUUUGGACAUGAAGUGGAUCACCAUACUACAUUAUCCCAAGUUAAUAAAUGGUUAAAAUUUUCCAUACUCACUAAUUGCAUGGGGAAUAAGCAUUUUCUUAAUUAAAUAAAUAUAUUCUGAUAGUGCUCUAAGACUUAGAAGAGGUUGCCUGAAAAUAAGACAGAAUGAAACCAAACUAAGGCUCCCUUUCACACAAAAUAUUGUAUAUUGAGUUGAAUUGAAACCUAUAAAGUUUCUUCUCUUCCCCUUCUUGAAAAAAAAUCAUCAAUUCGUGAAAGAUCAGUAGUUCACUAGUUGCUGAGACAGAUUUUCCUUUGGGAAAGAAAGCAAGCAAAGCAAACAAAUAAUGAGUUACAAAACUAGUGUUUCACUUCCCAGGAACACUUGCUCCUGUCAUGGAGCCAGCAGGUAUUCCCUUGGCUGAUAUCUCAAGGUCUGAGAGCCGUGAGAGCUUUCCUGGCACUUCCCCAGGAUCAAGCAUUGACUCACAGCAGGAAAAUCAGCCCCUGUAUUUUCAGUGAAAGCAGUACUUAUUACGGGGUCCUCUCUCUUUUUCCCUGGAAUAAUGCCAUAUAUUUAUAGUUACAGCUGCAUUAUUUGUAUAAUAUUGCACCUACACUUGUAUUCUCCCUAUGUUGUCAGACUAAAACUUGUCUGGAUUUAGCUUUGCAUUUUAAUUUAAUGUUAAAUUACAUGUAAUUGCUUUCUGUAAUAAAUUUUAAUUUGGAGUACUGAUGGGGAUGAGGGCCUCUGGCAAGAGCUGUCUCUUACAACUGGCCAGAGUAGUUUCAAGAGCUGUCUUGUGAGUGUAGUUGGGCCUGCUUUCAAGCAGACUUUCUGUUACUUUCACAGCUUUUUGAUCGCUGUUUCAAAGUCUUUGUCUUUGAAAUCAAGUUGCAAUAUCAUCAGCAAAUCUAGGGUGUGUUUUCUCUUGUACUUUAUGUCCUCUUCUUCAAUCCAGGAUUUUGAAAUUCUUUGUUAUAUAAAAGGCAACAGGUUUUGUGGAACAGUAUCUCCUGGAUUAAUCAGUACAGGCAUUCUCCUCUUUUAUUUACCUGAUUUUAUCCAUCUGGCUGAUCUAACAGCACUAACCAUAUAUAAGAGGUUUAUUUUAAAAUUAAAAAAAAACUUUAGGGUUUGGUUUGUUUGAGGGUUUUUUUGCCUGUGAUAAAUUAAAUAACACAGGAUAAUAUGCUACAUGAUAAGAAGGAUUAAUAAAUUAAAAUGAAAUAAAGUUUCUUCUUUCUCCGAUACAUUUAAAAAUUCCCAUUAGCUGGGGCUGGAUCCACAGUGUGAAUAUGAUAGUUAUCUCUCAGGUCUUCACAUUAUUGACAAAGGAAGUCAAAGUGGUACACAUGCUGCUACCAUAUCUAACAGGUCACAGGCUAUCCAGAAAUCAACAGAUUUAUUUGCUUAUCUGGUAAUCUCUGAUUUAAGAAACAGAGAUUGUGCUUACUUGCCAAACUGAUGGACAUUACAUAAAAAUACAAAUGGACAUACACAUCCAUUUUAAAAUGGAUCUAUUGGGAGAUUUAAUUGCAUGUCUACAACUGUCAUUGAAAUCAGUGACAAAAUCUACUUUGUUGGCAGUAGGUACUGUUUUCUUGUAUUAUUCUUUAAGUAAUUGGAUAUUCUGACAGGGAAGAUACUCACCAAUGCUCUCCUUCCUGAAUAUUCUUGAUGCAACUUUAAUUUAAACUCUAGAACUAUUCAGUAAGAGAAAUAUCAUACUAAACAAAUAUAAAAUUUUUGAAAAAAUGACCGAGAUGAUUGAGAGUCACUCCCUGGCAGCCACCAGACACCCUGGGCCUGGAGCAGACAGGGCUUGCUGUGGGAGCGCCAGCUCCCUGUGAGUCACCCCCUCAUCCUGCCUUGAUCCUCAAAGAAAAAAGUGGAUUUCUCUGCUCAUUCCCAGCUCCUGGGAAGCACAUUUGUCAAGCCAUGACACGAGUUUCAGCUCAUGUUGCAGCUUACACCUGAGUGUCAGGCUGAGGGGAAAACGAGCACUGUGGAAAGAUACAUGGACUCAGAAAUCUAAAAUGGGGGUGGUUUUAUUGCUCAGGGAUGGCUUGCUGUGAUCUGCUUGAAAGCUGCCACUGGGAAGGGACCCACAAGGAUCAUAGAGUGCAGCUCCUGGCCCUGCACACACACCCCACGAGUCACACCAUGUGCCUGAGAGCCCAAAAUCGUGUAUCCAACCACAAGGAUGAUCACAGAAGUAUUCCAAACUUUCACUGGUAUCCUGUUCACCUCUCAUCUCCUUUCUGCUCUCUCAUGGUACCCAAGACUGUUUUCUGGACCAGCUCUUGUGAAAGGCCGUUCACAAACCUGCUGCUGUCUGCUUUGCCUUUUGUUAUUCGCACUUUUUUACUUUUGUGCACAUCUUUUGUUUUUAAUUCAGGGUCAUGUACUUACAGAGGUCACUUCCAGAAGUGAGGACCUGUCCUACAUGCUUGCUUGUCCAUUAGAUGACUCUAAUUCAUCAAUCAUCAUAUUCGCUCUUAUUACUUAAAAAGGAGGAGGAAAAGAAUUCUUGAAGGGUCACAAGUAGUUACUUAUAGCUAGAAAAGAAUUAGCUUAGAAAAGGAUGUGGAUAUGAUGAGCUAACUUUAUUAAAAAAGAAAGUUGUGUAGGACUAAAACAUUAUUUUUCAGAGUGUGUGUAAAUUCUAAGCUGGAGAAAAAGAGCUGAGUUUUACCCAGUGGUUAUUUUCAGGAAAAAUAAAUUUAGGGAUCUCGAUGCUCUAUUUUAACCUGCUUUCUAUGUAGUGAAUUUGGGACUGUACUUUAUACCGAUACAUAUUUCUCUCUAAAAGCUUUUUCUAAAAACUUAUUCUAAUAUAAACUAUUUCUUCUAUUUCUACUAAAAAUGUGUUCAAUUUCUCUUACCUGAAUAUGAUUUAUUAGACCAUUUGAAGUUCUGAAAUUAUCUAAGGUUGGACCGGGAAAAUCUGUUCACAGCUUUUUUCCCCAGUGGUAAGUUAGAAAGAUCUUUUUUUGUGUAUUUGCACUUCUCUGUAGGGUGCCCAUAUAUUCCUUUCCAACAAAGAACCUGCAGGCAUUAGAGGAACAGAUCUUCCUCUCCUGGUGAGGAGCAUUUACCCCCAGGAGAUGAGGGCUGUACAAGUUAGGGAGCGCGAUGCAAAGUGAGGUACAUUCUCCUCUGAGUGGCCUGUUGGGUUCCACUACUGGCUGCCUCACUGCUUUAUAGUUGUGGCAUAGGCUUGUAAAAUAAGGCUCAUUACAGCAAUUUAAAUCAGACAGUUACUUUUGAUUGCCCCCAGUCUUUUCUGGGUCCCACAGUUACGGAUGCACUGUGAGGUUGAAAACAGCUGAAACCGUGAUCCAAGGGAAAACAAAGCUGAACAUCAAAGUGAAGACAAAACUAAAGGGAAGGAAGAACAGAAGAAACUAAGCACACAGAAGGCAGCUGUCUUUUAGAGUUAAUUAUGAUGGACUAGAAUUCAUUUCUUACAAGCCACUUGAAAGCUGCUUGAUAAUUAUGAAAAUAUUUAUAGGCCAAGUUGACUUCCUUUGCUUAUUCUUGGGAGACUGAAGAUGCUGUAUUCUUCAGGCAGCUUUGUCUGCCUGAUAGAAACCUCACUAUGCUUUGCAAGUUUUCUAGUUUCUCUACUGAAGGGCCUAAACCUGAUCAAGAGCCUGUUUCUGCAAGUACUGCCAAGUAAUUGAAGCAGAAUAUUCACAGUAAAAUACUUUCUGACCUAAUUUCUCUGUAGGAUGCAAGCAUUACAGAUCAUUAUCUUUCCUUGCAGACAGAGUUGCUUGGUGUUGCAUCAGACACUGUCAUCAAAUUCAGGCUAGGUACUGUGAGCAUCACUUUACCAUAUGGGGAAUUCUCUGUGGUAUUCAUCCUGGAGGCACAAAAUUGCCACUGUGUGAAAGCAGUAAGAACAUUUUCAUUCACUAAAUGUGUUCAGCAAAGCAAGUCAAAGUGGAUAAAACUAGAUUCCUAAAUCCUCAGUCUCUGCAGUGCUAUCCACUCUAAGCCAAUGUUAUUGACUUAGGGAUUUGUAGCAGUUCUGCUUUUACUAAACCACAGCUUUUUUUUGCCCAGCUCAAUCUUUUUCUGUUGAUUUUAGCCACACCUGAUUCUUAUGGCAGACUCUUAGUGGCCAGAUUUAUUCCACCUGUCUUUAGUCCUCUGGCAGAGAUACAUCAGGAAGAGUUUUUCAAGGUUCUUCUGCAGUCAGCAGGAAGAAACUGGGAUUUCUGCAGGACAAUUAAUAUCUUGGCUGUUGUAAAAUUGCUCUGGGGAAGAACCUUUCCAGCUCUGGCAGCUACAGAGGGAGCCUGUGGAGUGUAGGCUCCUGACUUGGUGCUACAGGGAGACUUGAAAAAUGACUUCCAGGUAAUUAAGUCACAAUAUGAGCCAUAUCCACACUAUAACUUCAGUGGAACAGAGGCUUUGACUCCCUUUCAAGAAAGAGAAACAGAUUUCAUAUCAGGACCAGAUGUAACACUAGCUGUUUGCUUUACUUCUGGCAGUUCACAACACAGAAGUUCCUCAGGAGAGGAUGUUGUGAGGGGAUGUUUUGUCACAACCAGUAUUUCUUUUAGGGAAGAUGAGGCCAAACCACAGGGCUUGUCUGCAGCAUCAGCCCUAAGCCCUAAAGAACCAUGGAAUUCACCUUGGAUUUUGCUUAACUAAAAUCUUUGCCUUUUUUUGCUAAAUUACAAAGGGGUGAGGGAGCA